CUGAUAUUCAGUUACAGUAGUAGUUGGGAGGUUUUGCUCUUGUAGAAUAGAUAGUUUGUUGUGCUCUCAGAUCUGUGACCUUCAUUAAAAUAGCAUCAAUUAAUUAAAAACCGUGUAUUGAGUGCCAUAGCAGCAUGUGUGUUUAAAAUAUUAUUUAUAAUUAAUUAAUAAAAAAUAUGAAUCUAUGAAGUGUUAGUUGAUGACUGACUCAUGGCACAAUGUCAUCCUUUGAUAAACUGAAGCUACUCAUUUGGAAGAAUUUCCUCCUUCAAAGAAGGCACAAAUGGCAAACUAUAUUCGAGAUAGCAUCACCUGUAAUAUUCUCUCUGUUCCUAAUACUGACAAGAUGCUUAGUCGAUCCAAAAUCGAAACCAGAUGUCAGCUAUCCACCAUUUGCCCCAACAUACUUCAAUAUGACUGGACGAAAUUUAGGCAAUCUCACCACAGCAAAAACAGGAACUCUGGCCUUCUCACCUGACAAUGAACUGACUAGAACUGUAACUAGGAAUGCCAUCACUAUGGUGGCUGAUGAAAACUUCCUAAUACUCCUGGCCUACCUAUUCGACUCAGACAUGCCUAAGCCUAAAGGUUUUAAGAACGCUAAAGAAAUGGAAUUAGCUCUGACCCAACCAAAUGUUAUGAACCAAAUACUUGUUGGGAUUCAAUUUGAUGACAGUAUGGCUAAUGCCACUGAAUGGCCUGAUGAUAUUAAGGUAACUCUGAGGUUCCCGGCGGUUAUGAGAACGCCGAUGGUAGAACAUCCGUUGAGGGCAAGCUGGAGAACGAAUUUGUUGUACCCGUUGUUCCCGCGACCUGGCCCCCGCGACCCCGACGACAUGUAUGGCGGGAAGACACCAGGCUAUUCCCCGGAAAUGUUCCUAGCAGUCCAGCAUGCUAUAUCGCAAGAAAUCAUAAAACAGAAGGCUGGGAAACCGAUCAACACUAAAGUGUAUUUACAACGUCUACCUCAACUGGCGUACAGAGAGGACCAACUGCUGGCCGCGCUCGAGAGAUUCAUAUCGAUGAUCAUCAUGCUCUGUUUCGCGUAUACCUUCGUCAAUACCGUCAGAGUUGUUACCUUUGAAAAAGAACUGCAAUUAAAGGAAACAAUGACAAUAAUGGGUCUUCCGUCGUGGCUGCACUGGUUGGCAUGGUUCAUUAAACAGUUUUCAUUCCUAUUGAUAUCUGUUAUACUCAUUGUAAUAUUAUUUAAGAUACCAUUCAACCAUACGGUGGCUGGCGACGGAUACUCAGUCCUAACGUUUACACCAUGGACAGUUUUGUUUUUCUUUAUGGUGUUAUUCGUUAUCGCUUCAUUAGCGUUCUCUUUUAUGAUCAGCGUAUUCUUUUCUCGAGCCAACACCGCUGCAUCGUUUAUGGGCCUAGCGUGGUUCUCAGCGUACUCUAUAUUCAUGCUCACACAAGUACUCUACGAAGAUAUAAGUCUGACAACAAAACUAGUACUAAGUUUGAUAUCUAAUACGGCGAUGGGAUAUGCUUUCCAAAUGAUCAUUAUGUGCGAGGGAACUUCCAGAGGCCUACAAUGGAACGAAUUCUUCACUCCUGUUUCCUACCACGACCAACUCCAGCCGGGCCACAUCGCUCUAAUGCUUAUUCUCGACACAAUAUUAUACAUGCUCAUUGCCAUGUAUGUGGAGAAAAUAAGGCCCGGCCUGUACGGAGUGCCACUGCCUUGGUACUUCCCGGUCACGAAAAGCUUUUGGCGACCGAACAAGCACAAAGUUGAAGACGCGACUAGGAGGUACUCUAAAGACCUGGAGUACAAUGCUGCGCUGCUCAAGGUCGUACAUGAUGAAGAGCCAAAAGGUGUGUCGACGGGCGUCAAUAUACAGAAUCUGACAAAAAUAUACAAGGGCCGUAAAAAAGUCGUCGAUAACUUGAACCUAAGGAUGUAUGAAAACGAGAUUACUGUUUUACUGGGUCAUAACGGAGCAGGGAAAACUACCACCAUAUCGAUGCUUACAGGAAUGGUGCCCCCAACUUCAGGGACAGCGUUUAUCAACGGGUACAAUAUAGUGCAUGAAACCGGCUUAGCUCGUAAGUCACUGGGCAUAUGCCCGCAACACAACGUGCUUUUCCCAGACCUCACGGUCGCCGAACACAUCAUAUUUUAUUCAAGAUUAAAAGGGGUACCGAAAUGUAAAUUGAAUGAAGAAGUCGAUCAUUUCGUCAAACUAUUGGAUUUGGAACAGAAGCGUGACGUGACGUCGAACAAGUUGUCCGGGGGUCAGAAGCGUCGUCUAUCCGUGGGGGCUGCGAUGUGCGGCAACUCGCGCGUAGUACUACUCGACGAGCCGACGUCCGGCCUUGACCCGGCCGCCCGCCGCGCGCUCUGGGACCUACUGCAAAAGGAAAAGAAAGGUCGAACUAUGUUAAUCACAACACACUUUAUGGACGAAGCGGAUGUUCUCGGCGAUCGCAUAGCCAUUAUGUCCGGAGGUCGGCUACAGUGUAUCGGCACGCCAUACUUCCUCAAAAAACAUUACGGCAUUGGGUAUAAAAUGACCAUCGUGAAAGGAGAGAAUUGCGUCGCUGAUCAUGUGACUAAAUUCUUCAAAAACUACGUGCCUGAUAUUAAAGAAAAUACUAAUAUUGGUUCUGAAUUAACAUAUAUAUUGCCGAGUGACCAUGUUAGCAAAUUCCCGGAUAUGCUGAAAGAAUUUGAGGCGAAGAAAGAAUCGUUGAACGUUUCUAGCUAUGGACUAUCAAUCACCAGUUUGGAAGAAGUUUUUAUGAAGGCAGGUGCAGAAGAUUUGGAGGCAACAUCUGCGAAGAAAACUCGAACUGCCAAUGAAUACAAUGACGUUGCUGUGGUACCUAUUGAAAAUGAUCAAUGUUCUUCGUAUAGCGAACCUAUCCAAAAAGUACGCGGAGUGAAACUUUUGAGGAACCACAUUAAGGCAAUGUUCCUGAAACUGGCCUAUAACACUAUGAGAAACAAACUGACCACCCUCAUACAGUUCGUGACGCCGAUAAUUAACAUAACAAUAUCUGUAAUUAUCUCAAGGUCUUGGAAGUUUUUAUCACAAUUGCCGCCGUUGAAGUUAAGUUUGGAAAGCGGAUUCCCGACGACUCAGACACUCAUGUCACAAGUCGGUGUCACUGAUGGUAGCAUAGAGGCUAAAAGUAUGAUGGCGUAUAAGGAUUAUUUUAAAACAUCGACGUAUCCGGGAAUGGGGCUAACAGACCUAGGAACCUCAGACUUAGGGAAGUUUUAUUUGAAAAUGAGUGCAGCUGAUCUAGCUCGCGUGAGGUAUGAGCUAUUGACUGGCGCGACGUUUGGCAAGGGAAACAUCACGGCCUGGUUCAGUAACUAUGGUUACCACGACUCGGCGAUUUCGCUUGCGCUCGUCAACAAUGCAAUCCUCGGCGCUUUGUCGCCCGGGAGCACGUUGAGUAUUGUCAAUCAUCCUCUACCGUACUCCAUAGAGCAUUUGGUAAAAGUUAUGGCUUCUGGCAGCAGUAUGGGAUUUCAGUUCGCAUUUAACAUCGGCUUUUGUAUGGCUUUCGUGACGGCGUUUUUGGUACUGUUUCCUAUUAAGGAGCGCAUAAGCGGCGCGAAGCUCCUCCAGCGCGUGUCCGGAGUGCGGCCGGCGGUCAUGUGGGUGACGGCGCUCGUGUGGGACUGGCUCUGGUUGUUCCUCGUCUAUCUGUGCAUCAUACUGACUCUAGCUUGCUUCCAAGAGAGCACGCUGUCCACGCCUACUGAGUUAGGCAGAGUACUUCUAGUCCUCAUGGUGUUCUCAAUAGCGACAAUACCAUUACAUUACCUCGCAUCGUUCUUCUUCGACGCGGCCGCUACCGGCUUCUCAAAAAUGUGCUUUAUGAACAUUUUUACUGGUUGCAUGCCAUUUUUAAUCACCGAAUUAUUGAGAUUACCAGAAGUAGGCAGUCCGUUUUACGCUCAUCUGUUCGACUGGAUUUUUUCUCCGUUGCCUAUUUACUGCAUCAGUAGAAGUUUCAGGGACAUGAGCGUGUCAGCGUUCUCUCUGCUCGCGUGCGACGGCCUCUGCCACCAGCUGAACAUCGACAACUGCACUCGUCACACCAUCUGUCACAAGCUCAACCUCUCCGUGUGUUGUAUCGACGACGACCCGUUUAUGAAAUGGGAUGAGCCCGGCAUCGGCAGAUACCUGUUCAUGAUGAGCGUAGUCGGCAUCAUAGCCUUCACUAUACUGCUUAUCAAGGAAUAUGAGCUGCUUAACAAGGUGUUCUACAAGUCAAGUACCAAAGCAACGCCGGCUAUAGCUGGUGAGGACAGCGACGUGGCGGCCGAGCGCAGCCUCGUUGAGAACAUGUCUCGAACUCACAUACCGAGCCACAGCCUCGUGUGCAAGGACCUCACUAAGUUCUACAAGCAUUUCCUAGCAGUCAAUAGGAUUUCGUUUGCGGUGCACAAGGCGGAGUGUUUCGGGCUGCUGGGCGUGAACGGCGCGGGCAAGACGAGCACGUUCCGCAUGCUCACGGGCGACGCGCACAUCUCCGCAGGGGACGCCUUCGUGCACGGACUGCCCAUCAAGACGCAGCUGCAGGACGUCUACAAGUGCAUCGGUUAUUGCCCUCAGUUCGACGCGUUGUUCGACAACCUGACAGGUCGCGAGACAUUGCGCGUGUUCUGUCUUCUCCGCGGUAUUCCCGUGAGGGAGGGCAACGCGCGAGCCAUGCGCCUUGCUGAGGCACUCGGAUUUACUAGGCACUAUGAUAAGAAGGUACAUGAAUGUAGCGGAGGAACUAAAAGAAAAAUCAGCACAGCAGUUGCGCUGUUGGGAGAUGCACCUUUAAUAUUCCUAGAUGAACCUACCACAGGCAUGGACCCCGCCUCCAAGCGUUUAGUGUGGAGCUGCAUAAGCGAGGCGGUGUUGUCGGGCCGCAGCGUCGUGCUGACGUCACACAGUAUGGAGGAGUGCGAGGCGCUGUGCUCGCGACUCACCGUCAUGGUCAACGGACGGUUCUACUGCCUCGGGCCGUUGCAACACUUGAAGAAUAAGUUCUCGCAAGGUUAUACGUUGAUAGUGAAAUGCAAAACCGGCGCCGACAGGGAUACAGACGUAAUCAAUAUAAAUCAAUACAUAACGGAGAACUUCAACAAUGCCAGAUUAAUUGAAUCAUACCUCGGUAUAAGUACAUACUACCUGAGCGACGUUGGCCUGCCUUGGUGGAAGGUGUUCGCAGUUAUGGAGGAAGCCCGAACCCAGUUCCCGAUCGAAGACUACUCCGUCUCGCAGACCACGUUGGAACAGGUUUUCUUAACGUUCACACGACAACAGGGCGUGGCGGAAUCCUGAGGUAUAUUACACGAAUUUUAAUUACAUCAGGGUAAACAGCUGAUAAUCGGAUAUGUAUUGAAUCUCUUUAGUAAUCGACGAUAGAAUAUAUAAUACUGGUUGUUACGCUCCAGAAGACAUCUAGUUUUUUGAUGACAUUAGAAAAUAGACUCUGAAGGUAUGAGUAUAAAGUGCAUAAUUGUUUGAACAUCGUGGCCUAGAGCAAACGCAAGUUUUUUACCUUGGUCAAGUAUGAAUAAGCUUUCAACCAACGUGUUUAAAGUCUAUUUUCGAGUGACAUAAAAAGUCCUCUCCUGUUUGUUUAAGAUCUCGAAGGUUAUGCGGACUUUUAAACUAUCGCCGAUUAAUUAAUAUUACGUGAAAAUCCAAAGAUCCGGUUGAAUAACGUCGUAUCUGCGACUAUACAUAGUACUUAAUAUGUAUUUAUAUGAAUAUUAAAACGACGUAACUAUUUUGUAUGUGGAUUUAACUUAUAGAUAAUAUAUUCCAAGUGUAUCGUUAAAUGUUGAUGUUUAUGUGUUUGAGAACUAUAUACUCAAUGCGUACAAUGUGUAUUCAAUGCAAUAGUUUUAAUAGGAACAAUUUGUAAUUGUAUUGACGUUGAUUUGUGUACUACGUACUAAACUUGCUGUGAUUCAAUCUUAUUUACUGCCCAUUCAUCAUCAGUUGCCUCUAACAUCUAUUACAGAUGAUUCAGACAGCAGCCGUGUAUUUUUUUUUGUUUUGGCAACUUGCGCUGUCAACGCAAUAUUGUUAUAAAAAUAUGGCAGCUAUUCUAACAGCUAUGAUUUUUUAAAUGUGAGUUUAUUUGUUAGCAUCCUAUAUUCAUUGCUCAGUCUGCUGGUCUAGUGGUUGGAGGCCCUGACUGCUAAGCGAAAGGUCGUGGGUUCGAUUUCUACCCAGGACAGAUAUUCGUACUAUGAGCACGACCAUUUUACUCUUAAUACAAACUUUUUUAUUUUAUUUAUUUGCUUACUUUGACACUAGAUGGCGUUGUGUGAAACUUGCGUAAUAUUAUAUUUAUUUUAAGUUUUCUUUGUAUACCUUCUUCAACCUGUGAUUUAAAGGGUGAGGUCGUGAGAACUCAAGUCCAUAGUACAUAUAAUCAAUGUUUGUUCAUAAGAUGAUAUUGAAAUAAUGAAUGUCGAUUAGCUAAACUGAAUUUCAACGUAAGCUCCUCAUUGUACUUAACCAACCAUCAUGUAAUAAUUGAAUCUCCAUAUUUAAAUCUGAAAGUCUACUUUUGACCUGCAUUUGUUCAAAAUUUCAAGACGCGCUUCUAAACCGUCGUUUCUGACGUCACUUGUUAGCAAUAUAGAUGAAAAUCGCACGUUAUGAAAAGUGCAUGUUAGUUUGUACCAUAACACUUCGCAAGUUAUAAAUGUAUUUGCAUUGCCUGCUUUCGCACAUAUGGACACAAAAAAAAAAAAAAAGUGACUCACCGUGGUCACCUCGUGGACUAUAAUUAGCCAACCUGUCAAAAAGUUCAACUCAACGCAGACAGGGAAUAUACACAUAUUUUGGGACUCGGCUGUCUUCAUCGAACGGUCGCUUUUAGAUAGGUAAACUAAAUAUCCACCAUCGUCAUUCCACUCAGAUCUGAACACGUUAUUACAAAUCUCAAGUUGACAUCUCAAAUAUUUUUCUGAUAUACGUUUAAUUUAAGUUAAUAGUACAACCUAGACAAAUAUACAACGUAGUUUCUGGAGUAAAUAGUUCAAAUAUUUUAUUUUUAAUUUUAAACUUAAGUACUCUGCCAGCCAUGAGCCAUAAUAUAUGUUUUUUUUAAUUAGAAUUUAAUCUGUGACCGCGUUUACACACACCAUAAUAUUAUUUUUCGGUUCCAUCGCAGCUGAUACGCGUAUUUAUCCAACUAUGUAAGCCGCCUUGUCUGUUUGGGGCCUAAAAUAAAGAAAACACGAAUCUAUUUGAUACUCAGUAUUACAUCAAAUAUAAAUUGUGGCUGUAAUAAGUUAGAACCUCCGUUGAAAAUAAAUACAGAAAAACGUGUACGUCAAUACCUUUUCUUUAGAAAAAGUUGGCUAAGAUUUAACACUGUCAGUAUUGUCACAGAGUAAUUUAAAAAUAUAAUGUUAACAGUUUAUUACAAAUUACAGGCCAUGCUUAAGUAAAUGCAAUUCUAUUUAUAGAGGAAAUAAUACUAUUCAAAUUUGUAAAAGUAUACCUGAGUCAAAUGUUUUGGGUACGUUUAAAAUUGAAUGGUGCUUAUCUUUGUAGAUAAAUUUCAUGACGCAUACUCAACUCACAUGGUUGAGCUAGUUUCGUAUAAUUAAUUAAUUAAUGGAAACAAUAUGAUCGAAUUAUAAACGCUAGUGAUGUAUUAAAUACUCACAAAAUUGCAAUAUAACUUAAAACUUUUUGGUAGCGAAUAUCUGUGUUAAUAUAUUUUUAUCUCAACUAUUUUUCUGUACUAUACCAAAGCUUUUUUUGCUGUCAUAAUUGAUAUGGUAAAAAGUAAUUACCAACAAUAAAUCUCAUACAUCAAGUUUCUAUGGAGUAACCUUGCCAAUAGAUCGUAUUUUUUUUUAUUAAACUACGUAAUUUAAAUAUUAAAAUAGAGUAAAUUUAUACAGUUUUAAUACAUGUUUAAUCUGUCGAUGUUAGCGAACACUACUUAUAACACUAAACCUAUUUUUAAACUGACUUCUUAGUUCAGACGACUGUACCUUUUACCUCGAUACUUAAGGCUCAAAAGCCACUUACUAUACAAACGAAUGAUAAAGACGGUGCUUUUAUUUAAAUAAGCUUAAAAGUAUUUACGUUUCUAUUUUGCCAGUGCACUGGCAUUUGUCUUUUGCGUCACUACUUUUUUCACGCUUGCUUAUUAUGAAUACUUCUCGUGAUGAGCCUAUGAAGUAUAAACACGUUGGCCAUUGAAAAAGCGCCCCAAUUUUAUGAGUAUUAGUGAUAAUUAUUGUACAAGAUAUGAAUUUGUGUGAUAUGAUUUGUGAUCUAUUGUUAUUUGAUAUGCGAUUAAAUAUUCAUUUAGGAAAACUCGUGUACGCUGUUAGGCAAAGGCCAUAUACAGUGUAUUUUAUUUUUAAUUUUGUUAGUACAAGUUCCUCUGAAUGUAAAGUAUUAUAUGUAAUCCCUACGCAACGCAACUCAUAGCAUAUUAUUAAAGAUAUUAUUUAUUAUUUUUACGCUUGAAAAGUAAAAAAAAAUGUUUAUAAUUUACGCAACAUUCUGGCUUUAAAGUAUUGCUUACCUCUCGAUGUUUUGUAUAUUGUAUUUGAUAAGAAUGGUGUUUGUAUUGUGUACCUAGUGUUUUAGACAAUUUUUAAUAAAAUUUAAGGACAUUCUA